GUAGAAGCAAGAGGCAUGAGAAGGAGAACGUGACAGCACACGAAAUUGGACGGUUGGGUGCACGCCAUUUCUGUAUUCUUCUUUGUUAAAGACAAAACCAAAGGACCGCCCUUCAUCUUCUCCCUCCCUCCUCUCCUUCUUCUUCUCCGUUUCUCCUCUCAAAUUCGAUUUCUAUCUAGAACUCAAAAUCUAGUCAAUCAAAUGUUGUUUCCUUCAUCUUCUUCUUCGAAGAUUUGAUUCUCUCUCUCUCCCCCCUUUCAGAUCCCUACCCCCAUGGCUUCUGGAUCCUACUGGUGCUAUAGUUGUAGCCGAUUCGUCUGGGUCUCCGAUUCCAUCUCCUGCCCUGAUUGCGACGGCGGUUUCCUCGAACACAUCCAAGAGCCCGUCGAUUUCACACCGUCCGAUUCUUUCCACCGAGUCACCAGCCAACAUCGCAGCCCCACCAGAUUCCCUCCUUCUUCUUCUUCUUCUUCCACCUCCUCUAUGCACGCCUCCACCGCCGGUGACAGUCCCGUCACCAGAACCCGAAGCACUCGUUCCCCUAACCCCGUCAUCGUUCUCCGUGGAUCUGGUCCUUCCGAUGUCUCCGAAGGUUUAGAUCGAUCUACUUUCCAGAUGUAUUACGACGACGGCACCGAUUCAGGUCUCAGGCCUUUGCCGCCUAGUAUGACGGAGUUUCUCUUAGGUUCUGGAUUCGAUCGGUUAUUAGAUCAGAUCUCUCAGAUCGAGCUCAACACCAAUCGGAACAACCGUUCGUGUGAACACCCACCGGCUUCUAAAUCGGCGAUCGAAGCUUUGCCGGUGAUCGAAAUCGAUCUGACUCAUCUCCAAUCGGAUUCUCAGUCUCACUGCGCCGUUUGUAAAGAGAACUUCACGUUGAAAUCACCAGCUCGUGAGAUGCCUUGUAACCAUAUCUACCAUCCCGACUGCAUCCUUCCAUGGCUAGCGAUUCGAAACUCCUGCCCGGUCUGCCGCCACGAGCUUCCGGCGGAAGAUUCCGCCGCCGACGCAGGCGGUGCUGGUGCUGUAACCGCUACCGCCGGUUCGAAUGAGGAAGAGGAUGACUCUGCGGCUGGGCUGACGAUUUGGAGGUUACCGGGUGGAGGAUUCGCCGUCGGGAGAAUUCCCGGUGGGUGGAGAGGAGGAGAUAGAAUGAUGCCGGUGGUGUACACGGAGGUUGACGGCGGGAGACUCGGCGACGAGAGGCUACCGAGAAGAGUGGCGUGGGGUUCGAGAAGAGGUGGAAGACAAGGAGGUAGUGGGGAGAGAGUGGGUGGGUUUGCGGGUCGGAUCAUGAGACUCUUUGGAUGUUUCAGCGGGUCAUCUGGAUCAAUAGCUGCAGCAACAUCAUCAGGGUCCGGGUCGAGAUCACGGGUCACCCGUAGGAGCAGGUCGUCGUUUGCUCUGUUCAAUACGGGGUCGUCUUCCUCAAGGAGACGAAAUUGGCUAGCGUGAGGAUAAAAUUAGAAUUUAUCGUCUUCUUCAGGUAAACAGGAAAGAAAAAAAAAAACACCCGUCUGUUUCGUUUGUUCCCUUUUUGUGAGGUUUUUUUUUUUUUUUUUUAUUCAGUGUAAUAUGGUUAUAUUCUUUCCCAAUAUUUGAAUCUAUGCAAGUAAAUUGAUACAAAGGGUUUAGGUGACAUUAGUGGUAUGGUAUAUAGUGGUUAAGUGAGAUUUGAUAGUUGAAAUCGUCCUUGAAUAUUCGGACCUCUUUCGUAGUUGUGUAGUGUUACUUUCACUGAACAGAGAGGUGGUGAUAGUGUUGAUUAAUCGGAGAAUGGGAUUUUGGAGGAGAUUCAUCAUUGUUUAUGGCUUGUGAGUUUAUGAAAUUUUGUAAAUACCAACUGUUAAAUUGCAAUUUGAGAAUAGCUGAAUGAUUCUGCGA